AUGUCGGACUUCAAAAGUGACCUGAAACGAGGACAGAGCCGCAAAAAGCGAGAGACCCUGUCGUGCAACCCCUGCCGCAAGCGGAAACGAAAGUGCGACCAUGGAACCCCCUGCUCCAACUGCGUCAAGCUCAACAUUGAAGCCACCUGCGAAUACGGCAGUAACUCUCGAUGGGAGGAGAGCAAGGAUAAGGAGGUCAAGUCGCCGGCCUUUAUCACCCAAACAAGCCUUGACUUUCUCUCAAAUGCCUCCUCUGUCUCGGAGAUCAUCCACCUGUUUGAAAAACACCUGCCGAUCCAAACAGCGCCAAACAACAAUCCCCUCAGCAUCUUUUCCUACAAAACAGAAGAGUACGAGAGCGCCAUUGCCAACGAGCCGCUCCCGAAGAACAUAAGCGACAUUCUGAUCGAGAACUAUAGGAAUUUGGUGGACCCCUUCUUCCCCAUUAUUGACUGGAAGGAGUUCGAAGAACAUUAUGAAAACCUAUACCCCGGGCAGGCUGGUCCUACACCGCCAUCACCGCCACAACCACCGUCCUUCCUGGCUCUGAUAUACACAGUCUACGCCCUGAGUUGCAAGUCCUGCGCUUUCGACUCGCUGCUACAUACCUUGCAUGCUUCAGCCGUCAUCCACUUUUCUGAUCGCGCCGAGCAAUACCUCAACAGAAUACCCUUGUUAGUGACCUCGUCGAUCGACGACUUCCGAGCAGCACUGCUCUACAUUUACAGUUCAUUCUCUGGCGACUGUCUUAUGGUGGGAUGGUCUCUGUGUGGUCUGUUGGUAACAAUGAGCCAACGGAUUCUGCCUCCCUUUACAGCCUCCAGCGACGUGAAGGAAGCUGCAAACCACCUCAUUUCGGUUUCUGGCACUUUUUUCGACGCCUGCCAAGCAUUUGUAGGCCACAAAUCUGGGUUAGAAUACCCCCAAUUGCCUUUCAGCUCAUACCCGUUUCUACACACUACCCAGAAGCUCUACAUGUUCACCCGUGGACUGCAGAACAGCCAUGAUUCUUCAGAUCCUGCUGAACUCCUGCGAAUCGACCAGAUAAUCAAUACUCUUCCCCAGGGAGAUCCUAUGGAGUUCAUGAAGAAACUGGCACUGACAACACAAUGGCACAAGGCCAAUCUUUUGCUUUUCCGAUGUGGCAAGAUCGACCGACUCUCUGGACUCAUGUCACUUCUGAAGCUACUGGAGAACCAAUUCUAUCUCUACUCUGCUCCUCCACAGAUCCAACAAUACAUUCUGUUUCACUGGAACAACAUUUACUACCAUGUGUUCACGGGAGUGAUUGUUUUGGCUCUAGAACUGGAGGCAACUGAUCCUCUGCCUCCGCUGGAUCCAUCUGUAUUCCCCAACCUCUCCAAGCUCAACCUGGAAGAGGACAAGAACUGGAAGUCCACUCUGUUGGCUGUCUUGCGUGAUCAGUACUUUGAUCUCAGAGUCAAUUCUGAGUGUGCUAGUGCACGUGCUCACAUGAUAACUUCGGCAUUUCUGGCCCAAGACACACAUAUGGAGUGUCCACGACCGUUUGGACCUUUCCAUAAGAUGCUGUGCCUGCCAUCAGGAUUUUACAUCUGUCGGUUUGACCGGUCGUACUUUCAGUGUGGCUACGGAAUGGAGCUGGACCGUCAGAUUGGUCGUGCGUUAUACGACUCCAAGGAGAGUUCCAAGGUGUUUCUAUAG